CCGAAGACAGCUUGUGUCUGAAGAUAAUAGAGAUGGGGCCUCCUUCCAGCGCAGGCCGAGCUGUCAGCAGUACAGUUGUUCAGCUUGACGGAGGAGACACCGCUGCUGUGUUUCAAGCAUUUCACAGAGCCAUGGAGGAGGAGAAGCAGCCCACAGGAGGGCCUCAUUUUGUCGGGAAGAAGGAUGAAAUGAUUGAAGCAAAGCACUCUUUCAGAACACUAGAAGGGCGGGAUGUAUUGAUCGUCUACCACCAGAGCGCCUUCUAUGCCAUUGACUCUUACUGCUAUCAUGCUGGGGGAACACUGCUGAAUGGAGACAUUGAGGAAUUUGACGGCAAGAUGUGCAUAAUUUGUCCAAACCACAAGUACAAAAUAUGUCUCGCCCAAGGGGAGGGCAUAUACAAGGCCACCGACCCCAGGGAAAAGACUCCUGUGCCCAGAUGGUACUCCAAAGGUGUGAAGCAGAGGAUCCACACGGUCACUGAGACCAAUGGGGAUGUCUAUGUCAAGCUCUCUGAGGACAGAGGCUUCAUCGAGUCAGACUUCUACCAGGGAGAGAAAGGCAAAGUGGAGAGGGCCAAAGCUGCGGCAGCUGAGAAAAAAAAAAAAAAAAGAUAAAGAUGGAUAAGGAUGGCAUCACUAUCGUCUCUUCUUGUCUCCCCUGAUCUCCUCUAAAUGAUUGUAUGAUGACUGUAGACAUUUAACAAAACAUACACUAGUUUGCCUUAAUAAAUGGGUCUUAUUUGUAAUGAGUUUCGGAGUGUUUAGAAUAUUAAAUUGCUUUAUUUGUGGCUCACGUAAUAAUAAAAUGUUUGACUAAAAUGAUACUUUCCCAUAUUGCUAUGCGAGGUGGACAUGUGCAUCUCAAAGCAAUCAUUUUUAGUUCACAAAAUAUAUUUUUACAAUUGAAUUUUAAUUUCUGAUUCUCUGUUCUCAAACCGGGUAGAAUCAUGAAGCAGCUAAAUGCGUACCCACACCGGUCUAUCUCUCUGCAUUUCAAUAUUCCUCAUGUAUUAUGCAUACAUGGAUUGAGUCAAUAAGAUAAAAAGGUUUAGACUGAUCGAUAAUGUCCUAAAGAGGAAAAUCAUUCAUGUAAAAUAUAUAGAUCAUACCACAAUGCUGGCCACGUUUUGUAACAACUAUGUCUGUUCAUUCCCUCAGAUUACAUCAGAAAGCCUGAAUAUCAGGUCACAGGCUGAAUGGGACUUUUGUUGUGACAUGUUUCUUGUCCAUCGGAGAAAAAAGAUUCCUUGAGCAAAUGUGUAAGAUAAAAUGAAAUAAAUCUUGCUAAGGAUGCGAUGCCAAUCCCUGAGGUUUUUCAAAGGUGAUUUGACAGCAGCUUCAGACAGGCGUACUUCCCACUCCUGCCCCUCAUAGGCCCCCUGGUGCAUACAGAAAUACAGGGUUUUUAACAUUCAAACAUUCAAUCUCCUCAUAAACUCUCGGCAAGAAAGCAAAUAAGUGCAUUUUCCAAAACAUAAAACUAUUCUUUUUAUGUUCAUUAUGUUACCGAUAUUUUGAAAUCUGACUUGCUAUGUUAUGAUUUUGAUGUGGCACUGUCGUACUUAAAGGAUUACUCCAGAGAUUUAGCACUGUGCUUCCAUCAAAUUGGGGCACUUAUAAGACACAGAAUGGUCAAAAUUGGUAAAGCAGCAGUUGAGAUAUCUUGACUAUAUAAGGAUGAGACGAUAUGAACCGUGACAAAAAAUACUCCUAAUAAGUUGAUCGUGUUGAAUCUCAAUUAUCGAGAUAAUCCUGAAUAUCCUUAGAUGAGUGACUAGAAUCUGUCUCACUCACUCAUGGUAGAGAAGUGAAAAAUAGAUCACGAUUUGAUAUCAUGUAAGAAAGAACAGACCCACACAGUGUUGCUAUUUUUCAUUUAUUUAUGCAGGGAGACCUUAUGAUUUAUGAUUACCUUAUUGAUUGUUUCUUUUUCAUUAAAAAAGGAUGUUCACUAAAAAAAACGUGUCCUGUAUGUGAUGCAAUAAAACAUAUUCGGUGAA